GAAAUAGUGAUUACAGCGCCACCAUCUAGUUUGCUGUCCGAAGAAACAAAAACGUGAGAGUUUUUUUGUGGAGUUUUGUGAAAUUCUGUGGGAAAUCGGUGAGAAAAAUUUGUUUUUCAGCAGAAAAAAGUACACCAUAGGAUCAAGGAGUCUUUCUACCAUACAAUAAGAGGAUAAAAUUGGUGAAAAAGUUUCACGGUGUGUGCUGUAGAAGAAAUUGAAAAAAUUUUGCACAUUCUCCGUGACUUGAGAGUGUCUCUAAAAUGGCGUCAAUAGAUCCACAUUCUAAAAAUCGUAUGCAAGUCUUCAAAAACAAAGGAAAAGACCAAGAUGAAAUGCGAAGACGUCGCAAUGAGGUGACAGUGGAAUUGAGGAAGAAUAAGCGAGAAGAGACAAUCCUCAAGCGUCGGAAUGUCCCAGUUGUUGACUCCACAGAUGAAGAUGAUAAUUUAUCAUCGCUGAAUCUGUACAAAUUGGUGGAAAAUGCAUCGGAUGCAUCAAAUCCGGAGAAGCAAUUGGCAGCUGUACAGUCAGCCAGGCGUCUUCUAUCCUCAGAUCGCAAUCCCCCAAUUGACGAUCUGAUUGCCAGUGGAAUUCUUCCGACACUGGUACAGUGCCUAGAACGGCAUGAUCAGUCCAUGUUGCAAUUUGAGGCUGCCUGGGCACUCACUAAUAUUGCCUCCGGAACGUCCCAUCAGACAAAUGAAGUGGUAAAGGCAGGUGCUGUACCACUGUUCCUGCAGCUUCUGUCAUCGCCGGCGCCCAAUGUGUGCGAACAGGCUGUUUGGGCACUGGGGAAUAUCAUUGGGGAUGGACCACACUUGAGGGACUAUGUGAUAAAGCACGGUGUGGUGCAGCCACUGCUAUCGUUCAUCAAGCACAAUACGCCCAUCCCCUUCUUGCGCAAUGUCACAUGGGUGAUUGUGAAUUUGUGCAGGAACAAGGAACCUCCACCACCAACAGCCACAAUUCUCGAAAUUCUGCCCGCACUGAACGUCCUCAUCCACCACACGGACAUCAAUAUCCUCGUGGAUACCGUCUGGGCGCUCAGUUAUCUCACGGACGGCGGCAACGAACAAAUACAGCUUGUCAUUGACUGUGGGGUUGUGCCCAAGCUCAUCCCGCUUCUCGCUCACAUGGACGUCAAGGUCCAGACGGCAGCUUUACGUGCCGUGGGUAACAUCGUGACUGGUAGCGACGAUCAGACUCAGGUGGUGCUCAACUGUGACGCUCUGUCGUACUUCCCGGCAUUGCUGAGUCACCAGAAGGAGAAGAUUCGCAAGGAGGCCGUGUGGUUCCUGUCCAACAUCACAGCUGGCAAUCAAACGCAGGUCCAGGCCGUCAUCGAUGCUGGUCUUUUGCCCAAGAUUAUUGAAAAUUUGGCCAAGGGUGAGUUCCAAACGCAGAAGGAGAGUGCCUGGGCCAUCAGCAAUCUCACCAUCAGUGGCAACAGACAUCAAGUAUGGCGACUCGUUGAGGAGGGUGCCAUUCCGCCAUUCUGUGAACUCCUCACCUGCCGCGAUACGCAGGUCAUCAAUGUCGUUCUUGAUGGAAUUCACAAUAUGCUAAAGAUGGGCGGAUCGCAUGUUGGGGAGAUUGCGGCCAUGAUUGAGGAGUGCGAUGGAAUGUCAAAGAUCGAGGAGCUGCAGAAUCAUGAGAAUGUAGAUAUUUACAAGUUGGCAUAUGAAAUCAUUAGGCAAUUCUUCAGUGAAGAGGUCGAGGAGAAUGAAACGAUGAUUGUGUUCGAUCAGGACGUUCCAAUUGAAGGAUUCAAAUUUUAAUGCAAUGCUCUUGACAUGGAAUCACUCAGCGUUUGUUUCUUUCUGAUCAACCUCAACACUCUUCUUACUCCAUGAGUCUCUUCCGCAAUUACUUUUUUCCGGAUGCAAUGUUAAGAAAAGAAAAAAACGAGAGAAGCCCACAUUAUUUUUUGUCAAUUGAGUGAUGCUAGUGACACUAAAAAAAAAGAAAAUCACAGGCUAGAAUGGAGGCGCCGAAUGUUCCGGGAAAGAGGUGUAUUCGCAUGAAUUUUGCGGAAUGGAAUAAAUUUUUCAGUGGGGAAAAAUAAUUAAAAAACAGAA